UUCCGUGCCCCUGGUCCAGCCGCUGUUUGGCUGUUGCCGUCACCUCAUGGCGACUCGGGUUGAGGAGGCAACGCGGGGAAGAGGCGGCGGUACUGAGGAGGAGGCUGUUGAAGGGGGACGGGGCGGACGGCGACGCAGCCCCCCGAAGAAGUUUGAAAUUGGUACAAUGGAAGAAGCUGGAAUUUGUGGAUUAGCAGUGAAAGCAGACAUGUUAUGUAACUCUCAAACAAAUGAUAUUCUUCAACAUCAAGAUUCCAGUUGUGGUACAACUAAGAAGCAUUCACUGGAAGGGGAUGAAAGCAGUGACUUUAUAACAAGGAACAGAAAUUUGGUGAGCUCAGCCUUCUGUACUCAGGAGUCAAGAGAAGAAAUUCCUGGGCAAGAAGCUCUAACAGUUCCCCCUGAUGGCCAGCAAGAUUCAGAGUGCAGCAAGAACAAAGAGAAGACCUUAGGAAAAGAAGUUUUAUUACUGAUGCAAGCGCUAAACACCCUUUCAACCCCAGAGGAGAAGCUGGCAGCUCUCUGUAAGAAAUAUGCUGAUCUCCUGGAGGAGAGCAGGAAUGUUCAGAAACAAAUGAAGAUUCUGCAGAAGAAGCAAGCCCAGAUCGUGAAAGAGAAAGUUCACCUACAGAGUGAACACAGCAAGGCCAUCUUGGCAAGAAGCAAACUGGAGUCUCUUUGCAGGGAACUUCAGCGUCAUAAUAAGACUUUAAAGGAGGAAAAUAUGCAGCAGGCACGAGAGGAAGAAGAACGACGUAAAGAAGCGACAGCACAUUUCCAGAUUACUCUAAAUGAAAUCCAAGCUCAGCUGGAACAACAUGACAUACACAAUGCCAAACUCCGACAGGAGAACAUCGAACUGGGAGAGAAGCUGAAGAAACUCAUUGAGCAGUAUGCACUGAGGGAAGAGCAUAUUGAUAAAGUAUUCAAACACAAGGAAUUGCAACAACAGCUUGUGGAUGCCAAACUUCAGCAAACAACACAGCUGAUAAAAGAAGCUGAUGAAAAACAUCAGAGAGAGAGAGAAUUUUUAUUAAAAGAAGCAACAGAAUCCAGGCACAAAUACGAACAAAUGAAACAGCAAGAAGUACAACUAAAACAGCAGCUUUCUCUUUAUAUGGAUAAAUUUGAAGAAUUCCAGACUACUAUGGCAAAAAGCAAUGAACUUUUUACAACCUUCAGGCAGGAAAUGGAAAAGAUGACAAAGAAAAUUAAAAAACUGGAAAAAGAAACAAUAAUAUGGCGCACCAAAUGGGAAAACAAUAAUAAAGCACUUCUGCAGAUGGCUGAAGAGAAAACUGUUCGUGAUAAAGAGUACAAGGCCUUUCAAAUAAAACUGGAACGGUUAGAGAAGCUGUGCAGGGCUCUUCAGACAGAAAGAAAUGAGCUCAACGAGAAGGUCGAAGUCCUGAAAGAGCAGGUCUCUAUCAAAGCUGCAGAUGGGGACUUGGUGUCACCUGCGAUGCAGCCCUGUGAUGCCCUGGAUUCCUUCAAAGAGAUGAACCCUUCAAGAAGAGCCUUGGGAAUGCACUUGGAGGCUAGAGCCAAGGCCAAGUCAGUGAAUGAGAGAAAAAGUGCUGCACAAAAGCCCUCCUCUUCAGGUUCUGCUCAAGACAUCGAGUCAGUUGACUAGAAUGAAGUACGAUCACUGUAUUCAGAGACCUAUUUUGUGUAUAACUUCCUCUGUUAGUAGUAACUAUUGGUUUUGUGGUGAAAUUUUUCUUACUUUUUCUACCAUAUCUGUAUUUUCUUAGAACUACUGGACUUAAUGUGGUACAGGAGGCUGCUUAGCAGUUUGGAAUAGUUUUAAUCUAUAAACUAUGUUGCACAUCUGCCUCAUUUUCCUCCUUUGUUGGGAGUGCAUGUCUUCAUUGCUUUGUCCCCUCUCUUCCUACUCCUUACACUUAAUUUUCCUAAUUAAAAAAAAUCAUUUAAGACAAGGCCAUUAGAGGAAUUUAUGCUCUUCUGAUGGUUCCUUGAUGUGGAAACAAUUUUAAUAAGUAUCUUAGCCCGCUAAUAUUAUUCAAAGGAAAAUGCCAAGAUGAUUACCUUUUUUUUUUUGAUAGCCCAGGGCACAGGUCAGAAACUAGCUUAACAUUUUCAUUCAAAUUAACUUUGAUUUGCUUGACAAAUUGAAAUGACCACACAACCUUGAAGUUCUGACAGAACAUAUAUAAAAAUAUUGCUUGUAAACAAAAUAGGCAAAGUAUUGGAUGAUCAGGCCUAAUGUUUCUGCAACUAAAAAUAGUCAAUAUUGUGCUGGUUUUGGGGUGGAGAAUGUACAUGUGAAAGCUGGGACUACUUGAUAAUCACCGUAGAGGAUGGUGGUGGUUUAUGUACAUAAUUCUCCACUUCCCACAAAAAGCUGAUUAUUCACUUAAAAUUGCUCUUCCUUGUAGUACUUUGUAAGUUUGGGGUAAGUUAUGGAGCUUACACUAGGUAAAAGGACCAUCCCCCAACAUCCACACAAUAUAUUGGCUAUGUGAAAGUUGUCUGUUCAUUUGCUUUAAGAUUCUCACCAGGGGGCUGUAGAUGUAGUUUAAUGGUAAGCACUUGCCAAUCAUAUAAGAGGCCCUAGGUUUACAAGUCCCAUCAGCAAAGAACACCAGUUAUUUUGUCUCCUAAAAGAGAAUUUAAAUUAUGAAUCAGCACUAACUGAAACAUCUAAUUUCCAAAGUUAAAACACUGGAAUCAGCAUUUUUAUCUUGGGAAAACUUGGCAGAUUGUUCACAUAGUCAAAAACACCUUUAACAUGCUUUUUGGUCUGUUUCUUUCUUUAAUGCUGUCACUUAACAAAAAUACAAAGCAGUAUUAUUAGCAUUUCUACACUUUGAAUUGGGGAAUUUCAAAAUUAAGUGUUGAAUGUGGAUCAGCCAUGCAAAUUACUAGGUCUUUAUUGUCCCUGGUAUAAUUUGCAUGGGAAUGCCUUUAAUAAAGUAAUUUUUUAAAGGUUCAAAUAAAACUGAUGCACUACAUUCUACUGACCAGAACUAUUUAUUAGACUAACACUUGAAUUGGUUACUGGACUGAAUUAAACUCCAUUUCUCUUUGCUAAAAGUUUCAUUUGCAAACUCCUGUCAUAUUCCUAGUUUAAACAGGGUUCAAAGAAUUAAAAAUUGUUCAAAAGAUAGAAAACAAUCGAGUAGAUUGUCUUUCUAAACUUUUUACCAUUGGUUGGUCAUGUUAAUCAAGGGGCUGGACAAUGGAGGAAAAGAAAUUCAUAAAGUAGGUUGUCAGAGUCAGAAACAAAAACAAUACCUUCUAAUAGCCUCUUAUAAAACAAGUUCCACCUUCAGCUACUAAAUGAAAUACUGGACUCAUUUCCCAUGAAGGUGUAUCAGAAGUAUAAUCUACUUUGAAAUAAUUACUAAUGAUCAUAUUUCAUUAAGUCUGCUGGAUAUACAGCUCUUAACAUUUUAUUAAGCCAUGUGUGUAGCCUGCCACAUUUUUUUGUGGUGCUUGUCCUUGUGUGGAAGACUGUAAAUCUUGGACCUGUUGCAUAUUUUCAAGGGCUUUAUAAAGCAAUGUGAUUAACAGUCCUGGCCUGCUGCUUUUGGCUUACAUGCAUUUCUAGCUAGAUGUUUGGAGGCUAGGGAUUCUGUGAGGAAUACACUCAGAAUCUCUCCUCCCAUUACCCUGUGAAUAAAAACAAAUGGGACCUCAGAGAAGGAUACCCUCCCCUAACGUGAUCACCUCACCAGCCCCGUGUUGUGGCCUUGUAGCACGCCCUAUAUUCUACCAUAUUAUAGAACACUGUAAUGCUACUAAGCUGGCCCAGAAAAGGUUUAAAUGUUGAAUUCACUUACUGCAUUUGGUGCACUACCAUGCAAUCUUUAUGUAUAUUUAUAGUGGCAGUAGACCCCAAAAUGUAGCGAAAACUUGGGUCUUGGCUAUAAGGCCAUUUCAUCCUCAGAGUUGUAGAAAUACAUUUUCUGGUCUUGAGACCAGUAUUUUUUAGUUAUGUAUGCAACUGCCUUUAUUAUACACCUGGUUAUCACAAUUCAAUUCUCAGGUGUUGCAGAAAAAUCUACCUCUUUCAGACUGUAGAUGGAAAUAACUGUGAAAAAAUGAUGCAGAUAUCUUCUAGUUUGUGCUAAAAACACACUGCUUUAUUUUUACAGCCCACGUCUUUCAUGAGGAUAUGAAUUGUUAAGAGGCAGUCUUGUUUUGCUUUUCAAAGACAUUUUGUAGAGAUUUUUCACUAACGUGAAUCUGAUUUUAUCUACUCGAUUCUGUAUAGAUUAAGUAAAUAUGUAUGAUAAAUUUAA